AUGGUACACCAACUUUAUGCUCUUGUUAAAUGGAUCGAUGAUGGAAUUGACAAAAAUAAAUAUACUCCUGAUGUUCCUAUUGAAUGGAUACUCGGUUUUGAUCUGAAACAGUUCAAUGCGAAUGCUGUUAACGAAGAAGAAUCAGAUGUAAUUGAGUGGCGAGAUACUAAAAACAAACCUAAAAGUGGUUGGAAGUUAUUUAACGGAAUUGUCAUCGAUAUAUCAAGUCGACGAUCUACGCUUGAAGAAAAGCUCCGAAAACUAGCUGGUAAGAUAUCGCCGAUCAAAAUUAUUAAAAAAGACGACUCAUAUAGAAACCGCGAAAGAAGUCGAGAUAGAAGUAGAAGAAAUUUUGAUACUUCUGGAAAAGCUCAAGGUGAUACUAGAGACUUAAAUGGAAACAAAAGAAGAGAUGAUAAUGAAAUUAAAGAUAGGCAUGUGCGAAAAGAAGUUCCUCCUAGAACAAGAAGUAGAAGUAAAGAAAGAGAUUAUUUUCUUCUUAAUCGCCCAUUAGCUAAUAAACAUGGAGAUGAACGAAAUGAUGGUCUAUCGGAUGAUGGAUCCAUUAAUAAUCUUCUACAUAAUGAUGCUCGAAAGAAAAAUCAUGACUCUAAUCAAAUUCUCAAUUCUCAAUUCUCAAAAAGCAAUGAGUCGAUUAAAAAACACAAGGAAGAUCCUAAGAAAAAACCCAUGAUAAUUGACCAGAGGCUAAUUACACCAAAAGUAUUGAAAUCAAUUAGCGAGGAGCAUAUUUUAACUAGUAUAGCGAAUCAAAACAAAGUCAUUGAUGCAAUGAAGAAAAAAAUUCAAGAAUUUGAAAAUAUUAAUCAAGCUGGAAAUCGUUUGAAAGCUUCCAAUAAAGUUACAUCAGCUAUGACCGGUUAUUGUCCACUAACAGAAGAAAAGAUUUAUGCACGCCCGACAUCACUAAAUGAAGUAGAGAUAGGUCGAAAAGGUAGUGGAAUUGUAAUUGAAGCAGAUCAAUGGGAUGCCGCAAUGGAGAAAAAUACAUUUACGGCUAUGGGUAUAUCAUUGUUAUCAGCAGUGUUUCAUAUGGACACUUUACUCCAUAGUAACGUUAAAGGAGGAAAAAGUAAAAUUCAUCAGGAUGCUGAAAUGCCCAAACAUGAUGCUCUAGAUUCAACAGUAUUAACCGCUAUUCAUUUUACAGUAAAAAAUGUCCAUCCCACCAAGUAUGAGAAAGCAAAACUUAAUAGU